AUGCAGUACACACUACACUAACCAAUUUCUGUUACACUUUUUGCAGCUGGAUUUUGUAAGCGUGACAGUUCACAGUACCCGUGAUUUAUUGAUCAUAUCUAUUGUCGCCACGUUGUGCCAUAUAAAAAGGCUGACGAAAUUAGUCGUGCAUUUCACAGUGAAUAAAAGCGUCGCACAAAAUGGUACUGGACUUGGAUUUGUUUCGCAGCGACAAAGGAGGCAAUCCCGAAGCCGUGCGCAACAAUCAAAAAAAGCGCUUCAAAGAUGUGGCUCUUGUCGAAACGGUAAUUGACAAGGACGGCGAAUGGAGACAGCGUCGCCAUCGUGCCGACAACCUCAACAAGGUGAAGAACGUCUGCAGCAAAGUGAUUGGCGAGAAAAUGAAGAAGAAGGAACCCGUCGGUGCCGAGGGCGUUGAAGUGCCUGCCGAUGUGCGUGCCGAUCUAACUCAAGUCACUGCGGAUGCACUGCACCCCCUGACUGUCAAUCAGAUCAAGCAGGUUCGUCUCCUCAUCGACGAUGCCAUGACUGAGAACCAAAAAGAAAUGGAUCUGGCUGAAGUGGCACGCAACACAGCGCUGCGUGAGGUGGGUAAUCAUUUGCAUGAAUCGGUGCCCGUGUCCAACGAUGAGGACGAGAAUCGUGUGGAGCGCACUUUUGGUGAUUGCGAAAAACGCGGCAAGUACUCGCAUGUGGAUCUCAUUGUGAUGAUUGACGGCAUGAAUGCCGAGAAGGGCGCCGUUGUCUCCGGUGGACGUGGCUAUUUCCUCACUGGCGCUGCUGUCUUCUUGGAGCAGGCGCUCAUACAGCAUGCGCUCCACUUGCUCUAUGCUCGCGACUAUGUGCCACUGUAUACACCCUUCUUUAUGCGCAAGGAAGUCAUGCAGGAGGUGGCCCAGCUCUCUCAGUUCGAUGAAGAACUCUACAAAGUGGUGGGCAAGGGCAGCGAACGCGCAGAGGAGGUUGGCAUUGACGAGAAGUACUUGAUUGCAACCUCUGAACAACCGAUUGCCGCCUAUCAUCGCGACGAAUGGUUGCCCGAGGCAUCGCUUCCCAUCAAAUACGCCGGCUUGUCCACCUGCUUCCGCCAGGAGGUUGGCUCCCAUGGUCGUGACACACGCGGCAUCUUUCGCGUUCAUCAAUUCGAGAAGGUGGAACAGUUCGUGCUCACCUCGCCACAUGACAACAAGUCCUGGGAAAUGAUGGAUGAGAUGAUUGGCAAUGCCGAGCAGUUCUGUCAAUCCCUGGGCAUUCCAUAUCGUGUGGUCAACAUCGUUUCGGGAGCUCUCAAUCACGCUGCCUCUAAGAAACUGGAUUUGGAAGCUUGGUUUGGCGGCAGCGGCGCCUACAGGGAGCUGGUCUCCUGCUCCAAUUGCCUCGACUACCAGGCACGUCGUCUGCUUGUUCGCUACGGCCAGACGAAGAAGAUGAACGCCGCUGUCGACUAUGUUCACAUGCUGAAUGCCACAAUGUGCGCGGCUACACGCGUUAUUUGCGCCAUCCUCGAGACACAUCAGACAGAAACGGGCAUCAAGGUGCCGGAGCCGCUCAAGAAGUAUUUGCCGGCCAAGUUCCAGGAUGAGAUUCCGUUUGUGAAACCAGCGCCUAUCGAUUUGGAGCAGGCUGCAGCUGCAGAGAAGCAAAAGUCAAAGAAGGAGAAGACCAAGAAGGAAUCGGCUGCUGCUUAAAACGUGAUUCAGAUGCAGAUGCAGCUUCUAAAUCCUCAUUUAUUACUCGGCAUACAUUAAGCUUUUAAAGUCCACAAAAUGUGUUAUAUUACUUACGACAAAAACAAAAACAUACUACAAUAUUUAUCGCAUUUAACUGCAAAUGUUUUCUAAUUAAAGACGCUUUCAAAUGCAAGACACUCGAA